CACCUAGCUUUCGCAGUUUCAUUUCAUUGCUCGAGCGCCUGAGAGAGAGAGAGAGAGAGCAGGUAGCGGCGGCACCGGCACCGUCGGAUGAGAAAGAUUUCAUUCAUUAUUGUUGAUUUUGUAGAGGAAGCAAGCUUUCUAAAGUCUCUCUCUCACUCCACCAACUGAAAUCGUCGAGGUUUGAGGAUCUGUGCGGGCGAUCCUUUUCAGAGCUUUCGACUGCGCUCCCACCCCUUAAUUAAAAUCUCUGCUUGCUAGGUGCGGUGCAGAAACAAGGAAGCUAUCCGGCAGAGAUGUCAGUGCAGGAGUAUCUGGAAAAGCACUUGCUUUCACGCAAAAUCGAGGACGCCGUCAAUGCCGCCGUCAGGGCCAAAACUCCUGAUCCUGUUCUCUUCAUCUCCAAUCAUAUGAAGAAGGCUGUUCCUUCAGUCAUAACGAAGAUUCACGCCCGGCAAAUCCUUGAUAGCAGAGGGAUUCCAACAGUUGAAGUCGACUUGCAAACUAACAAAGGCACCUUCCGCGCUUCAGCUCCUAGUGGUGAUGUUACUGGAAUGUACGAGGCUGUUGAGCUACGUGAUGGGGACAAGGGAAUGUAUCUUGGGAACAGUGUGAUGAGAGCAGUCAAGAAUAUCAAUGAGAAAAUCUCUGAAGCAUUGGUUGGUAUGGAUCCAACAUUACAGUCUCAAAUUGAUCAGGCCAUGAUAGACUUGGACAAAACAGAAAAGAAGGGCGAACUUGGAGCAAAUGCCAUAUUAGCUGUGUCGAUUGCUGCGUGCAAGGCGGGAGCUGCUGAGAGAGAGAUUCCCCUCUACAAGCACAUUGCUGAGCUUUUUGGUAACACUAGCCUCAGUCUUCCUGUUCCUGCCUUCACUGUCAUCAGUGGUGGAAAACAUGCUGGAAAUAAUUUGGCCAUUCAGGACAUCAUGAUUCUUCCAAUUGGAGCCAACAGAUUUGAUGAGGCAUUGCAGAUGGGCUCUGAGACAUAUUCUCAUCUAAAGGCUGUUAUUACUGAAAAAUAUGGCAUACAUGGAUGCAAUGUUGGUGACGCUGGUGGCUUUACUCCAAACAUCUCAAGUGUUCAAGAAGGUUUGGAUCUGGUAAAAGAGGCUAUUGCGAGAACAGGAUACAAAGACAGGAUAAAGAUAGCUAUUGAUGUUGCUGCCACUGAUUUCUGCAUAGGCACAAAAUAUGAUUUGGACUUCAAAACGCCAAACAAAUCAGGGCAAAAUUUCAAGUCGGGGGAGGAUAUGAUUGAAAUGUACAAAGAGCUAUGUGCUGAUUAUCAAGUUGUGUCAAUUGAAGAUCCAUUUGACAAAGAAGACUGGGAACACAUCAAAUACUUUUCUAGCCUUGCACUCUGUCAGGUAGUUGGGGACGGCUUGUUGAUGUCAAAUCCUAAACGGGUUGAGAGAGCCAUACGCGAAUCUACUUGCAAUGCUCUGCUUCUCAAGGUGAAUCAGAUUGGGACGGUGACAGAGGUGUUCGAGGUAGUGAGGCUAGCAAAGGAUGCCCACUGGGGAGUGGUGGCGUCUCAUCGAAGUGGAGAAACCGAAGAUUCGUUUGUAGCUGAUUUAGCGGUGGGGCUCGGGUUGGGUCAGAUCAAAGCAGGUGCUCCUUGCAGGGGAGAGCGAGUGGCCAAGUACAACCAGUUGCUCCGGAUUGAGGAAGAGUUUGGCGAUAAUAUGAGCUUUGUCGGGGAAGACUGGAGAUCGAUCUGAUUCGUUUCGAGGCUCCCCUGCUGGUUUCCAUUUUGAACAAUAACUGGGAGUUAUUCUGCUGGUACUCUUGUGUUUUUCUUAAGGUUAUUGCUUUGUGUGAGAAAAUUUUUGUAGCAGUAGCAUGGAUGGAGUUGUUGGUAUGGGUCCUUAACAAAGGACAUGCUCCGAUAAAAAUCGUUUUGUAAGGCUAUAACUUUUACAGAACGCUAGUCUCGCCGGGAGGCGGGAGCGGCCGAAAAUAGGGUCAGUCCAUCCACCAUUCUCGACACGCACGUCCGCGGCCCCUCUGUUUCAUGCAAAGGUUACGCACACGCUAUAACGCCAUAUGCUUUGCCUGGGCAGCAAAAAUGGCAAAAAUAAAAAGAACAUUGUGUUGCUAAUCAUUUAAUCUCAAUAAUUUGAGUUGUUGGUAUCCCUAAAUUGGUGCUAAGCCGGCGACUUGCGUUAUGUUUACAUUAACUGCAUCGUUUUCAUCUUUUCAAUAUAAGCGGCACAAGGUAUCUUUUUACUUUUUCUCACCAGAAAUGUAAUCUACUAUCGAGACCCAUUUGUGGAUACAAGAUUGAUAUUGUUUGUUUAUGAUGUAUGAUGCGGGUUUGGAGAAUGUGAUCCUGAGGAUGGGUUCAUACUUUUUUUUUUUUUUAAUGAAUUGUUUAACCUUGACUUGAUCGAAUAGCUUCAGUUGUUCAACCUUAAUUUGAUCGAUAUAUAACUUGCAUCGCAAAGUAGUGUUCGUUACUCUGAACAGCUGCAACAGGUGAAGAUUGACUUAAAAAAGCAAGAUAGUCAGCUCGUAAUUGGCUUCUUGGUAAACAUGUUUAAUACGAAAUUGCUAGAAUAAACAACCCCAAAAGACGGCCAAUCGCAACAUGUGUUUAAUAGAAUAGAUGGGGUCAUUGAGAGUCGACUAGAAGAUCCUCCGGUUGCAGAAAACUCUAAUAUCAUGUCAAGAACCAAUUAAUUCAAAUAAUUCAAAUUGUUGAAAAAAAUUUAGCCGUGCAACAUAUACCAUUUACUAACGGGAGGGAGCCUUGCAAAGCUCGGUUCAUUGAAAAUACCACUUGUUGCAUUACAAAUUAUGUACUAUUUCUACUUCGAAAAAUCCGUACGAAACAUAAUAAUAAAGUGAACUGUUAUUAGAUUUUUUCACACAUAAUAAAACAUGAAACCGAAGGGGAAAAACUAAGUUGACCGGUUGAUUAUUGACUUGGCCCGCCAUUCUUCCUAGGGAUGGCAACAAAACCCGAAUCCGCGGGUACCCGAUCCAACCCGGUCAAAGCGGAUAAAACCCGUAUUGAUGGGUUUUGGGCCGGGUUCGGGUUUAAACCCGUUCACUAUUCACCAGGUUGGGUUUGGGUUUAGGUAAACCCGCCUCAUGGGUACCCUUUCACACCCAUAUAAUUAAUUUUCCCGGUAUAUUUCUAAACAACUAAUCUUCUUUAUGUUUGUGGAGACAUGUAUAAUUUUUUCUUUUUAAUUGUGUAGAAUGAAGUUGAUAUUAUCGAGUGGGAGUGAAAAAGCUUAAUUGACAAGAAGGAAGACUUAAUCAUGUUGUUUAUGGAUAAUUUAUGAUUUGCUUCAAUUUUUCUGAGUUUUCUAGAUUGGUAUUGAACAAUUUGUAUGGUUAAUUUGUGAUUUGCUUGAAUUUUCUAUAGCCUAUGUUUGACCUGGCUAUUAGAAGUGCUUUUCGACUUCAAAAGCUGAAGCAGGGCCAAACACCUCUAAAAGCUCGGAUUUUGAAAAGCCGAAAAGCGCUUUUGUACAACAUAAAAUCAGAAGCUCCGAUUUGGAGCUUCUGCGAAAAACUGUUUUGAAAUACAAGAUUAUCCUUACCAUAUUUUAAUAUUAUUUCAGAAAACAUAAUUUUCUUUCAUUUAUAUCAUUUUAAAAAAUAAAAUAAAUAAUUAAAACAUAUUAAUUAGUAUAAAAGAAGUUUAACAAG